GGCAGCAGGACGGAUCGCUGGAAAUUCAGUGUAGGAUAUUUAGAUUUUACGAUAGACAGGUUUUAUCAAUCAACUCAAAGACUUGUUAUUGCGCUUCCAAGAUAACAGACGCCGAGGUACGUAUUUUCAAACGUCGCUUAGACGAUGUGAAAGCACUGUACCGAUAGCUUCUGUUAGCUACCGUUAGCAAGGUGUCAGAUGCUAGCCUAGCUAACGUAUGUGACAACCCGGUAGCUAGGGGACAAAGUUGUUUUGAAGAAGGUUUAUGGGUGCCUGAUACCAAUCAGCUGUUGAUUAAUUUUGUAUAUUAGUUGUUGGUCAAGACAACCGGAAACGUCCGAUGUGUUUAUCCGUUAGCAACCUAUCGUGGUUUAAAUUUAAGCUAGCAAGAGGACUUUAAGUUAUCUCAGCUGAUACAAAAACGACAACAUCCACCAAGCUGGACAAAACGUUGGACUUAGUUGGGUUUAAAUCGGGCUCGGUGGGUUCGCUGACGCCUCAGAAGAAGAUGAAGAAGAGGAAGGAACUGAAUGCCUUGAUCGGGCUAGGGGACAGCAAGAGAAAGAAGAGCAAAAAGGGGUCUGGUCACCGACUUCUCCGAACCGAGCCUCCGGACUCUGAGUCCGACUCCAGCUCAGAUGACGAUGAGUUCAACAACUUGAGCAGCGGGGCUAACUUUGGGAAAAGAAGCUACACGCAGUGCUGCAAUGUGUGCUACCCCUUGUUUCUGUUCAUCAUACUUGCUGCCUGCGUUAUGGCCUGUGCUGGACUCAUAUGGAUGCAGAUUGCUCUGAAGGAAGAUCUAGACUCGCUGAAAGAAAAGCUGCAUAGCAUGGAAUCCAGCCAGAAAGUGUCAUCAAGUGAAAUACCAAAACUAAAUGAGGACCUGAAAAACAAGGAGAGAAAGCUUGACGACAUAGAAAAUGGAGACAAGGGGUUGGGCAAGCUCUGGUCCAACCUAACAGAAAUUAACAGAAAGAUCAGUUUGCUGGACUCGGCUGUAAACCAUUUAAAGGUCAACUUGAAAUCAGCUGCUGACUUAGUCAGCCUUCCCACUACAGUUGAAGAGCUUCAAAAGAGUGUUGCUACAAUUGGCAGCACACUAACAAGUGUACAGCACGAUGUGAAGACUAUGCAGGCUGCUUUUGAGCAGCAGAAGAAAGAUGAAGAGUUGAAGAAAGCAAUGGAAAUAACAGACCUGAGAAAAGCAGUAGGUGAGGCGAACAAGACCGAGGAGCUGCGUCACACACAGACUGACGGGCAGAUCCACAUCCUCCUCUCUACGGUCGCAGAGCUUCAGCAGAGAGUGUUGUCGUUAGAGAACGGGUCAAAACAAAGCUCAAAGGUGAAUGACGCAGCAGCCAUCACCAGUGAAAGUCCAACAACAGAAGUUAUUAAAGAAGCUACUACAACCAAAGCAACACCUGAGGACGUGCAAGAGGUGUCCACCCCACUGACAGAGCCUCAUACAAGCAGACGCCCACGCUUUCUAACUCCAAACCGUGCUAAGAGAGAGGCUUUGAAACCAUGCCCAAGGAGGGUGAUCCUGUAUGGUAUCCGCUCUCUGAAAGAGUUGGAGGACUUCUACCAGCAGGAAGGCGUCGGGCUUGAUUCGCCCGGAUUGACCUACCGCAGCCUGAGGGAAAUAAUUGGAACAUCAACUACUGCUCGUACCAUGGAGUGUUUUGACAAUGACGGAGACAAGAGGUACUCCCUGAUGGAGCUUAGAGCUGCUGUAGGUUGGUGAGCACAUCAUCACUGACAGUAGUGAACAGUAUUGAAUACCCAGCGGGGUCUGGUAGUUUGAAGUUCCUGACCCUUUUCUGUAAUUGCUGCACUUUUGUGAACUGUAUAUUUAUCAUUCUGAUUGUGGAACAGUGGUGCAGGCAUGCCCCAUUCUCACACAUCCUGGUGUGUCUCAUCACAAUCUAAUUCAUGAACCAUACUCUUACAUUUUUAAAUGAACAACCUGUAUACAGUAUAUUCAGCUUCGAUUUUAGAAGAUUUCUUGGAUUACAUGAAAUAAAAACGGGGGAAGUGUUUAGAAUUAUUUUGAAUCCUGUUUUCCACCCUUAAUUCUCAGACUUACGGUUUUCAGUUUUAAUUUUAUUGUCAGUCUGUUCCAUCUCGACUUUUGUGUGUAUUUAGCUUUCCUGGAGGCUGUAAUGGUCAGCCUAUUACCCAACCCAUCAAAACUAACACCUGGUAGAACUCACCUGAACCUUAAUUGUAGAAUGUUAGGACUGUUUACAAAUUAAUACUAGAAACUGUUUUUGUGAGUCUUUUGUUUUUAGACAGAUGGUCCUAACUUAACUGAAACACAGUUGAGCAUAAGAGAAUGGAUUAUCUACGCUCUUUCCUAAGCUAACAACCUUUUCUGCGUAGUGUUUUUUCCUCAUCUAUUUUCAGUUAGUUACUACAAUUUAAUUGUAUUUACUCCAUCUGUACAAUUUUUUUUUUUUUUUGCAGCUUUCAGUUUAACAAGUUUUGAAGGGCUAUGAACACUUUCAUAAAGGGUUUUGAAGUAGUUACUUAUGAGGCAUAUGUAGCAAUAACAAACUGAUAUAGAUAUUGCUUGUUCAAAUUUGCAGUAGACAGAAAGCACAGCUAGCUCACAAUAUUUUACAGGUAGUAUAAGAAGCACUGACCAUCACUCUUUAUAUGAUUCAUUUUAUUCAAUUUUUAUGGGCCUAAUAAUGGUGUAUUUACAUUACAAAUGUGUCCUACUUAAACAUUGUUGUACUCUGUAAAAAUGGUUUAAAUGUAUUCUCACAAAUCAUGUUGGGACACAUUUUCUUUACAGUCUUAAUCUCAACAUUGUACAUUCUUUUUAAAAAUAAUUAUCUUGUGCUUUGCAUGUUGCUUAUAUUGUGACAUGAACACAUUAUUUAUAAACUUAACAUAGUCGACUUCUUGUUUUUGCAGGACAAUGUAACAGCUUUGACCAUAAUGACAUACUGUACAUGUUGGGUCCAUGCUGCUGCUGUAAAUGGGGAGAUUUUAUGAAUGUGUUUUUGUGUGAGCACCAAUGAAUAAACACAAAGUUAAAAAGUUUGA